AUGGACUAUAAAGAUACAAGACCUGUCAGACUGCCCAAGGUGUUAUUCAACUCCUGGGCAGCACUGGUUGACAAGUACUUUGAAGCUCAUCCUAACAAUAAACCUAUUGCCCCGGUCAUUCCCUUACAAAGACUCAUUUCACUUGGAGAUGCGCCUUGGAACAAACAGGUUGCCUGUAUUAAAGAAUCUGCAAAGCUGCUACAGAAGCUAUUGAAUCAGCCUUCAGAGACUGAACUUGAUCAAGUUAGACAUCUGGUCGACCCCAUAGCAUCUCUUGGAUAUUUCGCCGCUCAAGAGAACCUUUCUAGACGUAUGUUUGUUCCAAUGAUCGAAUCAUGUGCCAAAUACUUGAAAGACUCUUCCUUCAAGUCAUAUUACACGAAAUAUAUCAUGGACAAAACGACUGAGCCGUGUUUUGAGGACAAGCCAUUAUCCCAAAAGGCAUUGACUAUAUAUGCCAUGUUAAAGUAUCCGCUUGGUCAACAGGUUAUUGCAGACUAUUUUUAUGAAACACUUGAAUAUAUGACAAAUGGAUUACAGAAUGCACGAGACCAGAUAAGAAGUAUGAAAAACAGCGCCAAGACACUAAACACGAGCGCAGAUCAGUUUUUAGGGGAUAUUGAAUUCAUAUCAAAGACAAUUCUCGUCCUAUUUUCUCGUCAGUUGCAAGUUGGACCUGAGCUCUUUAAGAAGGCUGAAAUGCGAUUAAAGGACGAUCCUGAGCUGAUGUUAUUAAGUAGAGUCGUUCGAAUCUUGCUAGACGUUUGUCUUGAUACAUCGAGUUAUAGUAAAGAGUGUAAUCAGGUGGCAGGAAUGGCUAUUGGAGCGUUUCUCAACUUGGCAAACAACGCUGAAACCACGCGCGAUUUGGUACUUGGUUGCUUCUUUACGAAUACAAAAACAGUAGAAACAGAAAAGAUUAUCUCAACACUUGAUAUCUCAGAUAUGUUUGUAAGAUUUGUCGAGACUCAGUGUUGGCAAGGCCGUGAUGCUCCAAUCAUAUUCAUCUUGAGAGGGCUUUCCUCCAGCUUAAGAAAAGAAGUUAUCUUACUGGACUGUCCACCAGAUCUACGUUUUAUUGAUCCCCUUAAAGGACAAUCUUUCAAGAAUCUGAACGAAAUCUUCUUCUUCAGCAUUGACUUGUUUUGUCAAACUCCCAAUUUAGAUGCAUCAUGCAAGGUUGUUGUAUUUGAAUCCAUGGCAACAUGGCUUCAACAAACAAAGGAAAUCAUGGAGCAGAAUAAAGAGAAGCAUAUUAUCGACUCAAUUUCCGGACCAAUUCACUCUAAAAAUAUGGAUAGACUGAUUUACUAUGUUUGGGACCACUGGGAUGAUCCAAUUGACUCUAUUCAACACAAGGUUAGAUCCAUUUUUGAACUUGUAUUAUCACUUAUGCAAAUCAAAUCAAACUUUUACAACCAAGAUCACAUAUACAACGAGUUUUUACAUCAUCUCUUGAAAAACAUGAUCAACAUGGAUUGGCACAAAAAAGUUAAAUAUGCACUUUUGAAUAUGCUUGUAGAAAAAGUAGAAACAGAUGCCUUUCUUAAAGUUGAGCCUCGCUUGAUAGAAAAGUGUUUACAAGCUAUGGACAGCCUCAUCCUUUGUCCACAGAUCACGUAUUUCUUGCUGACAUUCUUAUAUCGACGCAUACAAGACACCAUACCAGGCCAUGAAAAAUUUAAUGGUCACAAUGGGAAAAUAAAAUAUGACUCGAACUCAAAACACGCGGUGGAUGAAUGGAUUGCUCUAUGGGCUUUACCCUUGCUUCAAAGCUUAACUUCAUCUUUUGAAUUAGUUCGAAAGAAUACAAGUGGAUUUUUGUUACAGCCUCUUUUUAAAGUGUCGUCUCAGUCAUUUUGGUUCCUGGUGAAUAUUUUGCAAGAUGUGCAUGAUUCAAGGUGGAAGGAGGAUACGCUUGAUUCAAGGUUUCGGUUAAAUGCGUUUAUUGCUGUUUUAAAAUCUGCAAGAGCUCUUGAUAUCAUUGAUGGAAAUGCAUAUACAUCUGAACCCACUCUAGAAAAGACCAGAAUCCCUAUCGACGUAUUGAAGCUUGCUGUGCAUCAUAGCGACCCUCAAGUUCGUAUUGAUGUCCUUGGACUUUUAUGCGAAUCUCGAAAAGCCACAGCCGAAGUUACUUUUAUUGAAUUAGAUAUGGUUAAAACGUUUCUGCCUCUAAACAUGAACUCCACCGCCCCCGAGUUCCGUCAGCAGAUGUGCGCUCAUCUUACAAAACUAUUGGUCCGCUUACGCGGAAACCUCUAUUCUCAAUAUCGCGCUUAUAAGUUGUCCGAGGCAAAGGAUGCCAAGAAAGGAGCAUCAGAUACAACAGACAUUAUGGCGCGUAUUGAACAGGGUCGAUCCUUCUUAUUCUGGCUUUGUGAUUUUAUCUCUGAAUCACUGUAUCCUGGUGCAUCAUACCAGCGCGUUGCAACAGCCUUGCGUAUGCUAAGCAUCCUGGUCAAGACGUUUGGCGUUACCGAAUUACCACCCAUUGAAGGCUUUACCGAUCGACAACCUGAGUUUCCCUUUCAGUUACCACUUGCAACAGCUCGUCUAUCAAAGCUUUUGAUCAAUGUCUUUAUGAACCCUUACGAUUUUAACCGUGUUCAAGCGUUCGAUAUAUUAAAUCAGUUCCCUAGCCCCUUGCCAGGGAUAGAAUCAAAACAUGACGUACAAAAUCUGCUUUGGUGGGGCCUGAACAAUGUCGUAAGCACGCGUGCUAACGAAAGCGACAGUGGAGCCAUGGUAUUCAGACUGAUAUUCAAAAAGUAUGUGGUUCAUCUUGGCUUUGACCUGAAUCCCGAGCAAGACAGAUUACAUGAAAGUAAAUUCAACGAAAAGACGAGUGCUGCAGUUAUCUUUACAGAAAGACUGCUCGAUUUACUCGAAAGACAAGUAGCAGUUGCUAAAAGCAACUUGCUUUUGGCUGCUCAACAACAUCCAAUGCAUGGUACCUUACUUGCUCUUCAGUACGUCUUUUCUGAGCUUGACUAUAGGAGCGAUGCGGUUCAGAAAAAUUUUGUUGAUUGGAAAAAGGUGCAUAAACGUGCUGUGUAUUUGAUUAAAGAAGCAUGUGAUGCUGCACUAGAUGUCCUUUCAGAUCCUUCUCCUGAGGGAAAUCUACCUCUAAAUUACCAAGAAACAGACGAUAUGGAUGAGCAACUACUGGAUGAAAGCUUAGAGGACACUACUUCUGGACCAAAACAUCAGAUCAUCCUUAGUUGCUGUUGGCGUGCUGUAAAGGAAGCAAGUUCUCUGUUGCAAGUCAUGAUUUCGAAUGUGCCUAUUACCUCCCAAGAUGCAACCAAUACCAUAUUUACUCUCGAAGAUUUGGUUGAUGCCGGCGAACUAUUCCACAGCCUUUUGACGAACAUUCGUCAUAGAGGUGCAUUUUCCUCGGUGUACCCUGCCUAUGUAUCUUUGAAUAUGAAAUUAUUAGCAGUGAAGGACCUAAGUAUCUCUCAGCUUCCUUCUCGUUGGCUGCAAAAUGAUCUUGAUGGCCUGACAUCAAGUAAUAUCUCUAUUACUAGACGUAGCGCAGGCUUGCCUCUGUGUAUUCUAGCCGUGCUCAGUAGUGAACAAUCUAUUAAAAGGGAGCUGUUAGCUAGUGCAAUGAAGCAAUUAAUGGCGCUGGCAAGCCAAGAACCUCCCAGGGACGCUGACCAGCGCAUUGACUUGCCUCAAGUACAUGCAUAUAACAUCAUGCGAUCUAUUUUUAUGGACUCCAAGUUAGGAAAUCAUGUUUUGGAAUAUGUGUCCAAAGGCUUCUCAUUAGCAAUUAGUGGUUUCUCAUCCUUUAGCUGGGCUAUUCGCAAUUGUUCAGUCAUGUUAUUCUCAACCCUUUUACAAAGAACAUUUGGCACAAAGAAGACUAAGGAUGAACACAGUCAUGUCAAUACACUGACAGGCCGUGAAUUUUUUGUCAGAUUCCCUGACCUACACCCAUAUUUGUUGAAAGAAUUAAAGGUCGCUGUAGAACAUCUUUUGAACAAUCCUACUGCUGCAAGUGUUCAUCCUGGUCUCUAUCCCAUGCUGACUUUAUUAUCGCGCAUGAAGCCAUCUUUGGAAAAAGAAGACGAACAAGACAACGUACUGGCACCAUUUAUUCCUCUCGUCAUGCCCUGUGCUGCUAGUGCCAUCUAUAAAACGCGAGAAAUGGCUGCUAGAGCCUUGGUGCCAUUAGUUCACGAUGUCAAUGGUGUUAUCACACAGCUGAUGGAACUUGGAGAUAAUCUGACACAGAAUCAGAUUCAUGGAAGACUUCUUCAAGUUAAAUUUAUUUUGCAUGGACACUUUUAUUCUAGUUCUGCCAAACCACAAGUCUUUACACAAUUUGUUCAACAGGUUCCUAAUGUCAUCUUGAAAUCAUUGGAGUUACUUGAAAAAGAGCGAUUCUGUCAUAUGAAUGGUGCUCUUCUUUUAUCCAUUACUGCAGAAUUUUUCUUUGAUACAACAUGGAUGUCUUUUGAGCUAUUGCAGUCCUCGACUUCAAGCUUUGCUGAAUUGCAAUUGGCCGCAGUAUCUAUAUGCCAGAGGAUUAUCAGUAAUAGCCAACUACAUGGCAUUGGAGCCUAUUUAUUAAGACAAGCUGCAGCAAACAUUGUUUUAUUGAAUGCAUUAAAUAGACCAGAUCAUGACAUAGACGACGUUCUUUAUUUAAUCGAAGAUCGUGAUUAUGAAGUUCGUCUGCUCGCCUUGGAAAAGUUAUUGAUACACUUUAAAAAGCGCGAAACAAGCAAGGACGGUUCUUGUUUAAGCACAAGGUUACACCAUAUUUUAGCACAGAGAACAUUUGAAGGCGAAGACUAUCAAAAUUGUUAUGUUAAGGCAGCUAAGCUCUUGUUGACACUGCAACCCGUCGCACCUUAUCCUGCUUCUAGUUCUAAAUUCACCAUUCAGCAAUACUGGCAUAAACUUGUUGACAAUAUUGCGGAAAAGAGACCCUUGUCUAUUAAAGAAUCUGUGCUUCCUCUGCUAGGCUCUCUGCUUGAACAGAUUUAUCAUAUGGGAGACAAGGAAUGGGCUCAGCACUGUCUUACAGUCUGGAGCAACUUUAUUUCGCUUUACAGUCAAAAGGAAACGCCCCUACCUUUACGAGAGGCUACUGUAAAAUCUAUCAAGCAUGCAUCCAGUUUCUUGUUUUCACAAGAACGGAGCAUGAACGCUGCUCGUGAUGCAAAGGUUUCUGUACUCAUUUCUAUCACUCAACUCUUGCAAGAUGACGAUGUGGAUGUUCGUAUGGAUACAGCUCAGAUCGUGUCAGACGCGUUACAUUUACAAAGCCCGGUGCACCAUGAACGUGCUUUAGAGCUAGUGAAUAGAUAUCUAAUAGAAAAUUUUGGCUCCUGUCAUUUAUUAAAAGCAGCCUUAAGCGCUGCUUUAGCAAAUGAAGAAAGUCUGAAAACAAUUUGGGAGAAUGAGCUCUUAAAGACAAAGGCCUUGUUUGCAAAGGAGAAUCCAAAUAUUUAUAAGGAAGAAUUAAUCGAUGUACAAUUGGCCAAGGUUGAUCUAGAUAUCCUUUGCAUGACGAGCGAUAUGGCUCUUGAUGUUGAAAAGAUAAAGGCACUCUGUGAUCAACUUGGUGCUUUUGCAAAAUCAGCUAGAUCCAUGUCCACAACGUUUAUGCAACAUGGCCCAUACGGUAUAACUUCAACACUCAACUUAUUUUUAGCUGUAUAUAAAGCAAUACUUGCUCUACAUGUUCAAAUCGGUCUUUUAGGAAAUACAGAGCAGUCUACUAUUGCUGAUAGUUUAAUGUCAUUGCUUGAAGAACUUUCAAGACGCCUUUCAAGCAUACAAGAAAAUUGGGUCCAUCCUCUAAUUUGGCAACUAUUACAUGGUAAAGAAGGGUUAUUACCAGAGCUUCUUUAUGUAUUAAAGUAUCGUGGUGGUCGUGCUUCAUUUACCAACAUGUUCCUCUUGGCACCUGAUAUGAAGCAUUAUAAAAAACAAUAG